GAAGUAGCUCUUAAUGCUGCUGCUUGACGCCGCGGUGGUUUAAGCUGCUUCACUAACAGCGAGAAGAGUUCAACGGACUGUCACUUAAUUCCCUUUCAAAGAAACACUAUGAAUCAAGAGAAGCUCGCCAAACUCCAGGCACAAGUCCGGAUAGGUGGAAAGGGAACAGCCCGCAGGAAGAAAAAGGUUGUUCACAAAACUGCAACAGCCGAUGACAAGAAACUCCAGGGCUCUCUGAAGAAACUGGCAGUGAACAACAUUGCGGGGAUAGAAGAGGUGAAUAUGAUUAAAGACGAUGGGACGGUGAUCCACUUCAACAACCCCAAAGUGCAGGCGUCUCUGUCUGCCAACACCUUCGCCAUCACCGGCCACGCCGAGACCAAGCAGCUGACAGAGAUGCUGCCAGGCAUCCUGAGCCAGCUGGGAGCCGACAGCCUCAGCAGCCUGCGCAAGCUGGCCGAGCAGUUCCCGCGGCAAUCAAUGGACAUGAAAGCAGUGAAGGAGGAAAUUGCAGAAGAGGAGGACGACGAUGUACCAGAUCUUGUGGAGAACUUUGAUGAAGCCUCAAAGAAUGAAGCAAACUGAUGAAUCCUCUUUCCCCCCUCCGUCAACCGUUUUAUUUUUUACCUCCUUACGGACUCACAAAGGGCAUUUUCUCUUGUGGGGGAAACGGUUGUUAAAGGUGCAGUGCAUCAUCUCCGGAGAUGUGAACCACUUCGGUUUAGCCUGCCACAACAACAACAACAACAACAACAACAUGCAGAAUACAGUAGGUUUUGAUUUCAGGAGGCCGUGGACACGCCGAGAAAUAAGGAAUCAAAACUACUUUAGGUAUAAGCUUUCUACAUGGUUAAACAUGGCUAGUAUUUAAGAGAUUGUAUAUUAAAUUACAGUUAAAGUGAAUUAAGAAAUCACUUUACAUUAUAGUGGUGAUUUAUGAAUUUAAUAAAACAGUUUUGGGCUAUCGAUGCUUCUCUUUA